AUGUCUGAGUCAAGCUCAUUCAAGGUUAUCAUUAUUGGCGCUGGCCUGGCAGGGUCCUUGCUUGCUAAUGGACUUCUUAACAAUAAUGUCCUCUUCACAAUCUAUGAGCGAGAGGCAGAGAACUCCAAGCGAGAAGGCUAUCAAAUCCGAUUGGGAGACUCCGCUGUAACCGGUUUCAAAGCGUGUCUACGAGACGAGGAUUUUAACGCAAUUAUUCAAAAGUUCGGAAAAUCUGCUGCUUCGGGAGCCGCAGCGCCAUGUAUCUACACAAGCCAGUUCCGACCUGUUCUGGAUCUCACCAGCUUGCCCACGUAUUCGAAAUCCUUCGCAAUCAAUCGGGUAAUCUGUCGCAACUUGCUUCUCAACCCUGUGAGACUAAGUGGAAACAUCCGCUAUGAAAAAUCAUUUGCCGCUUAUGAGAUCAUUCAUGUCGCUUACAGUGGCAGUGAAAAAGUAAGGGUCAUCUUUACUGACGGAACAUCCGACGAAUGUGAUGUUUUAAUUGGAGCCGAUGGCAGCGGCUCACGGGUCAACAAAGCACUUGGUCUCAAGAAUCUGGUGGAUAUCGACACACAUUGGUCCUUUUUGGCCAAGGGAAGCCUUACAAAAGACCGAUUGAAUGAGCUUCCCGUUCAGCUUCAAAAAGGGCCAAUCAUAGUGUUCGCAAAAGGAGUGUCCUUUUUCUAUGCCUUAUACAUGCCCGCAAAGCGCGACGCGGACAAGUCUGCCAGCGAUUAUAUGGACUAUGAUGAGACAGAGGCCUCAUUCUACUGGGGACUGAAUAUCCCUAAAUGUCUAUCAACGAAAUACCAAGACUAUGCAAACAUUCCAAACCGCCUAGAAUUCUGCCUCGAAAUUAUCCGCGACUGGGCACCAGAACUGAAAUUUUUAAUCACGACAGGCCAAGAUGAUGCGCUAUCCUCUGAUAUUUACAUCACCCCCUUGCGAGCGAGUACCAAGCCCACGGAGGACUGGCGAGUGCGACUACAGAAGAAAAUACAAGGAGGGAAACAGGAAGAAGGGCACCAUCGUGUCUGGCUUUUGGGUGAUGCGGUGCACGCAAUGCAGCCAAAUAGAGGCAUGGGCGGAAAUCAAGCGAUGCAUGACUGUGCCGACAUCCUCCCAUAUCUGCUCGAACUGAACAGUACUGCCGCUAGCGGGAGGCCCCCCACAGGCGAAGAGAUCUCUUCAGCGUGUGCAAAGUAUGAAUCGACAAUGAUUGAGCGAGCUUUUACCUGGGUUUCGAAAAGCGGGGGGAACUUCGAUGCUGGUGCGUGA